GCCAGACGUGUUCAAGUCAGUUUCCAAUUUCAGAUACCUGCCAGUCUCCUCCACCCGCGCGGCUGGUUGGAUUUGCUGAGGGAAGGGUUUGCAUGCGCAGCUGUUUGGGAGAGGACACGCUUUCACAUUUAUUCAGCGACACACAGAUAAACGCAGAAGGACGAUGGUACACACUGAAGGAAUGAUUGAAGGUAGUGGGAGAGGUGGGGAUACCAUGGCAGAGAGAAGACAACUGUUUGCAGAGAUGCGGGCUCAAGACUUGGAUCGUAUUAGAUUAUCAACCUACAGAACAGCUUGCAAACUCAGAUUUGUUCAGAAGAAAUGCAACUUGCAUCUGGUGGACAUCUGGAAUGUUAUUGAGGCUUUUCGGGAGAAUGGUCUGAACACCAUGGACCUCAACACUGAGUUCUCUGUGACUCGUCUGGAAGCAAUACUCUCCACUAUUUUCUAUCAGCUAAACAAGCGUAUGCCCACCACCCACCAGAUCAACGUUGAGCAGUCAAUCAGCCUUCUGCUUAACUUCCUACUGGCAGCCUAUGAUCCGGAAGGCCUUGGUAAAAUCUCAGUCUUUGUUGUGAAGAUGGCCCUGGCAACAAUCUGUGGAGGAAAGAUUUUAGACAAAUUAAGAUAUAUUUUUUCACAGAUAUCGGACUCUGGUGGCAUAAUGAUUUACUCCAAAUUUGAUCAGUUCUUGCGGGAGGUUCUGAAACUGCCAACAACCGUUUUUGAGGGCCCUUCCUUUGGUUACACUGAACAAGUCACAAGGUCGUGCUUUGCCCAGCAGAAGAAGGUCUCCCUCAAUACCUUCCUGGACACACUCAUGUCUGAUCCCCCCCCUCAGUGUCUGGUCUGGUUACCCCUAAUGCACCGACUAGCCAACGUAGAGAAUGUCUUUCACCCGGUCGAGUGCUCCCACUGCCACACUGAGAGCAUGAUGGGAUUUCGCUAUCGCUGCCAGCAGUGUCAUAAUUACCAGCUUUGUCAGGACUGUUUCUGGAGGGGACAUGCCAGUGGUUCCCAUAGCAACCAGCACCAAAUGAAGGAGUACACAUCAUGGAAAUCUCCUGCUAAGAAAUUAACUAAUGCACUCAGCAAGUCCCUCAGCUGUGCUUCCAGUCAUGAACCUUUGCAUCCCAUGUUCCCAGACCAGCCCGAGAAACCACUAAACUUGGCUCACAUUGUGCCUCCCAGACCAGUGAACAGCAUGAAUGAGUCCCUGUUUUCCCACUCAGUGCCCUCCUCAGGAAGCCCUUUCACGAACAAGAGGUGUCCCCUGACUGAUUCUGAGAAAUGUGAUGGCGAUGAGCAUGUUCUAAUAAACCUGUUUGUAAGUCAGCUUAACGGAGCUCCACGCUUGCCUAACACCAAGAAUAAUGAAGUCGAGCAGAGCAAAGACUUGGCUAGGGCUGCUCCAUCUCUGUUGAAAGGGAAGGGGUUAAACUACAGCCUCGAUGUUGCGGAUAGACUUGCUGAUGAACAUGUGCUCAUCGGGCUCUAUGUCAAUCUACUGCACAGCAACCCCACAUGCAUGCUGGAGAGCAGUAGCCGCCUGGAUGAAGAACACCGCCUCAUCGCCCGCUAUGCUGCCAGACUCGCCGCUGACGCUGCAUCAGUGCAACAAGCAGCUCAACAGCAGCGAGGGACUUCAGAUAUUGCACUCUCUCUGGAUGCCAACAAGCAGCAGCGGCAACUUAUUGCAGAGCUAGAAAACAAAAACAGAGAGAUACUGCAAGAGAUUCAGCGGUUGCGGUUGGAACAUGAGCAGGCCUCUCAGCUGCCUCCUGACAAGGCCCAGCAAAACCCCACCCUGCUGGCUGAGCUUCGACUUCUCAGGCAACGCAAGGAUGAGUUGGAGCAGAGGAUGUCUGCUCUUCAGGAGAGCCGCAGAGAACUGAUGGUGCAACUGGAGGGUCUCAUGAGACUGCUGAAGGAGGAAGAGCUGAAGAAUGCAACUCAGGGGGCGGGUUCCCCUCGUUCCUCCCCUAGUCACACCAUCAGCCGGCCAAUCCCCAUGCCCAUCCGCUCCGGGCCAGCUUCCGCCUGCACCACACCCACCCACACGCCUCAGGAUUCGCUCACUGGUGUGGGAGGUGACGUCCAAGAGGCUUUUGCUCAGGGCUCCAGGAGGAACUUGAGAAAUGACUUGCUGGUGGCAGCAGAUUCCAUCACAAACACCAUGUCAUCACUUGUCAAGGAGCUCAAUUCAGAGGCUGGCAGUGAAACGGAGAGCAACGUGGACUCGGACUUCGGCCGCCCUCAGUUUGAUGACCUGGUCCUGUCGCCCACUUCAGAGAAGGCUUUCCUUGCACAAAUCCACGCCCGAAAACCAGGGGGAGCAGAUGAUGCAGACUUCAUGAGAACGGAUGUCGAGAGCUACGAAAACGACUCUGUUCGACAACUUGAAAAUGAGUUGAAGAUGGAGGAGUUCCUGAAACAGAACCAGCAAGAGAAAACGUACAUGGUCACUUUGCAGGAAUGAGCGCAUUCCAUCCGUUUCUAAAUGAGCCGUGCCCAGCCCGGAGGGGGGAGGUACGGCCUGUGAGGGUGGAGCUGAGGACGGGGGGACGGCAGUGGAAGAGGGAGCUCAGCUCGUGCAGUCGGGGGAACAGAAGGAGCAUGAGGCCUGCAGCCAAACCCUCAGCAAAAGCACUGGAACUGCUUCCGAAAGAUUGUAGUUAGUCAUUGGUUUAAAAAGUAAUAUAUCCAUAUUUAGUUAUUUUUCUGCAUCUUUGCUUACCAUGAUUCAUUUCCUCUACCACGACAGGAAACGGCAGCUUACUGCCGCAUUUUCCAAAUAGCCGUAAUAGCAGUAUUAUCAUUGGUGUUGUGAUUUUCACUAUUACACUUCAUUUAAGCAAUGAAAUAUUCUUCACAUAAAGUCUGGGAAAAAUGCUAGGUUUGUGUUUGAUUUACUGUGCUUAUUUAGCGUAUUCAUUUUCAGAAAUGUACAAGUGCCACUAAAAUUUGAGUCAUAGCCCUCACUCUGCGUGUCUUAUCCUGCUGAACAUAAAUGUAUCAUCACAGUCUUCUUGCUUUUGUUUGUAUUUUAAAGGACACAGCAGCUUUACUGAAAAUCUCAAAAUUCUUGUGUUGUUCCUUACAUUUGAAGGUCCUUUACAUCUAGUAACUCAUUUAAAUAAUUUAGAAAAGAAGCAACUUCAAAAUGUUUUUGGUCUGUUACCCAGUACCAUCUUACCAGGAUCAAGAAUAAAUUCAGUUUCAAAUGUAUUUUAUUUGCAAUACACUUACUGUACCUGCGACAAUGCAGGAACCACAUAUUAAGGAACAACAUAUUAAAUUGAUCUUUUUCAGUUACCCUUUAAGGAUUUUGAACCUCAGAUAGUUGGAACUGUAAGCAAAGGACUGACUUGAAUUUCAAGUGAAUUUUUUUUAAAUCAAAAUAUCUCAGCCAUAUUGCUUGUGUAAAUAUGAGUGUGUGUGUGUGUGCGUGCAUCUGUAUGUGUGUGUGUCUGUGUGUGUGUGUAGUAUAUAGAUAUAUAAUAUAUACACAUACAUAUACAUAUAUUUUUUUGCAUGAAGUAGACUUUUCAACAUUAAACUGGUGAUACUGUAAAAUAAAGCAGUAAAUGACAUGUAAAGAGCUAGUUUUACUCCACAGCAUAAGGAAGUGUAUACUGUGAAGUGAGUUGGGGAUUUGAGAAUUCUCAAUAACACAGCUGUCUAUAAUACCACAGGUGCCAUAAAAUCAGAGGAAUAUGAGAGAUAUUGGUUGAUUUUCUAUUAGUGUUCUGUGUUUGGUUAUUAACAGAGCAUGUGUUCUAGAUAAACAAUAUGGGUUCUCACAAGAGGCCUUCAGGUGUUUUUGAGAAUUGUUUCGAAUUGAAAUAUAGUUUUUUUUUUCUGGUUUGGUUUUAUUUGAUUUUGAUUUCAAUAUGUGUGCAGAUGUUAGGCUCUUGUGAGCUCACCCAACAUUGUAUAAGUAGCUGUAAAAGUAGGAUACUACAAGAUAAAUAAGUUGAGUUGUUGUAGCUGAUGUUUUGGAGUGCUAUGUUCUCUAUUCAAUUCAUCCAACUUGAAAUUUGUAUUUGAAAGGUAGUUACAAACUUUGAUUUGUGUAUAUCAGCAUGAUUUUCUGCAGAGGCAUCACUUUAAGACAUGGGCAAAAACAGCAUGGCGUUUCAGGUAUUGAAAAUAAUAUCCAAUAUUGUUCAUUGCAGUUCCAUAGAUUAACGUUAAUACUGAUUGGAAUAUUCUAUAUUUUCUUAUUUGUUCACAUUAAUAAUUAGAACUUCUGCUGUUAUGUAGUCAUUCAGAGAAUUGCAUGAUACCUUUUAUUUAAUUGGUGUUUGUGUAUAAUGAAGUAAUAUAGCUUGCUUUGACCCAAAUUGUUUGUCUUUCACACAAUGUGCUUAUUAUUAUAUACCUGUCCUGUGAUUUUCUCCCACUGUUGUAUACAAUAUAAUAUUGGUCCCAGUCCGAUGUUCAGGAUCAAAUUCAAAUGUGACUCAUAUCUUAUUCUGACUUCAUGCUUUUUCCCCCAAUGGCAGUUAUUUUGUGUUGUGGUUAUGCAGUUCUGUUAUACAAUGCUAGAUCGCAGUGAAUCUCACCAAAACAAUGACUACUGCCCUCUAUUGCAGGAGGCUUGGAAGGGCUUUAUAAUAGUUCCUUUCUGGGUGUCUUUUUUGGCUGCUUCUCAGUCUGCUCUCUAUGCCCAUUUGCCAAAUCUGCUUGCUCAUGAGUAUGUAUUCUGUCAUGUUGAGUGUGUCCCAAUACAAUAGGAGGUCAAUUUAAGAAAGGCUAGUUGAGAUGUGGCCCCGUCAUUAACUCCCUUCCAGAGAGCCAGCAUUAUGUUCUUUAUCCUGGAUUGGGAAAAGGCAACAUAAUAGACACUAUUUCAUGGUAUAAUGGUAUACAUAAUGGUGUCUUUUUGUAGAAAAAUGCCUGAUCGGACAAUUUUAUAGACAGCUAACUAGAGUGAAUUCUGCAUUAGGCUAAUCAUUAGUAAGAUUUAGUAUUGAUUAGAAUGCUUGCUGAUUAAGUCUGUGCACCAAAUUGUUUUGUGAAAGGUGGCUAUCAGAUUAAAUAAAUAUUUUGUUUACUGGCUAAUGUUGACCGUAGGUUGAACAAGCUAAUUAGCUGCCAGGUAAUAUAGCUAAUUUGAUAACUUGGAUAACUUAUCUAAAUGGUAAAGAUGAAAAUCAAUUUAUCCACACCACCCAUGUAUUGAAAUGGCUUCCUUCGUUUAUUUUUCAGUUUUUUAGCUAAUUCGAUUAAAUAGAUUUACCAGGAUUGUGUAUAUGUACUGUUUGAUAAUGUUGAAACAUAUUGAAUGUCCAAAGCCAUCAUCUUGAAUCUCUUACCCUCUCUACUCCCCUCACUGUUCACCUCCUCCGCUGGUUUGCUUGUUGAAGUCAGCAAAACAUCUUAAUGAGGGAACCUGGAAAGGCCAAAGACGUAGUCUAACAUUACCACAGAAUACUGGUGUGAAACCCUGGAUUUCAUCCAAACUGCACAUUUGUGACUUUAUUAUUGGGCAAAAUACAAUGUGACCGAGCCACAUGACUCCAUACAAAGCAGGGCAGCACUGAACAGAAGUCAAAAGCCUCCCUUACACACUGUGAAGUUACUCAUGAAAUGCCCAAAUAAUUUACAGUUUAAAGUAUCAUUUUUAAAAUUUCCAGCAAACAGCUAUAAUGCAUUUGGUUCAGGUAUUUUCUCCACAUUUGUAACAUCUAACAUUGUCUAAAGUGAAUUUGGAAACAGACCACUUUUUUCUACUUGGGUCCAUAGCUCACUCUUAAUUUUAUUCAACGUAUACCGUUUCUUAUUCAAAAUCCAUUCAUAAUAUAUUCAUAUAUCAUUGCUUAUUGAACAUCCAGCCUGAUUGCGUUGAUAUUCCAUCAUUUGUUCAACAGUCUUAGGAUACAUGCACAAUUGUUAAUUCAACAAUAUUUUAUUAUUACCAAUUUACCAUACUCAAUUGCUUAUUCAAGAUCAAUUAUUGAUACAUUCUUGCUGUAUUGUAUAUUAUUAGUAAACAUAUGUUCUUAAUGCAGACAUCCUAUUAAUCAACAUAGUUCUUAUUGCACAUGUACAACUUCCUGUCUCAUUGCAGAUAUAGUGAAUUUCAUCACUUAUUCAAUGUCAGUUCUCAUUGCUGAUAUAUACACUCAUUUAUGCUUUUGUUUAUUCCAAAUAAUGAAAUCUAAGCCCAUCUACAACACCAGUCAAAUGUCUGGACACACCUUGUCCUUUUCUGCUUUUUCUGAUUGAUGACAGAGGAAAUAAAACCUCAAACAAUUCACAUGUGGUCAAAGUGCAGAUUCUCAGCUUUUAUUAAAGGGUAUUUUUAUACAUUUUGGUUUCACCAUGUAAUUACAGGAUGUUUUAUGCGUAGGCCUCAUUUUCAAUGUUUGAGACAAAUUAACAUAAUGUCAAAUAAAAGAGUUAUGUUUUGGAUUUGGUUGCAUAUCCUUUGCAUGCCAUGACUUCAUGAAGUCUGUGACCUACAGUGUCAACAUCACCAGAGUGAUGUCUUACAAGUGAUGCUAAAACCUCUUUGAAUUUGAAUGGAUCUCUAUGAGAAUUUGUGGGUGGAACUCAAUUCAAGUGCUGAUACAGCAUGGAACACCUUUGUUGACUAAAUAAUUUUAAUAUGCAACCAAAUUCAAAACACUGUGUUCAUUUUUCUCAAACAUUGAAAUGAGGGGCUAUGUAUAAAAAGUGAGGGUUAGUACACAGUAAAACCAAAAUGUAUAAUAAAUACCCUAUCAUAAAAGCUGAUAAUCAGCACUUUGACCACAUUUGAAUUGUUUGAUUACAGAGGGAAUAAAACAUUAAUCAGAAAAAGCAAGAGUACCCCAAGGUCCAAACAUUUGACUGGUACUGGUUUUUGUCUAAUUAAGAAAAAAAGCUGGUGAUGUGUCCGUCAUUUCUAUCAUUAAACGUUUUGUAAUAAGAGGUAUUAUGUUUGCAUCAAUGGCAUUUGGCACAAAGCAAUGCUAAUUUUACACACUGCAUGGUUGUUGUGUUAUGUUCAACAGAGUACUGAUUAUAUGCAAGCAAGACUCAGUGAAGACUGAACUCAGUGAAUCGUCUGCCCAACUAUAAUAGUAGCAGCUGCAUCCGACUGGGCCACCUCUCCUAUUUGAACAUGAAUAUGGAACAUCUGUUCAUUCUUUGAUACUUUUGUCUUGAACUCCCAUUUUUCAUUUUUAUUUAAAUGGCUUUCAUUCAAAAUAGCAAUGCUUUAAAAUUCUUCUUUUUCUAAUGUUGGCAUCGACACUGCCCUUUUGUCUUUGUUCAGUAUAUAGUGUGCAUAUACUGCAUAUAUCUAAGGGUGCAUUUUCAUAUUGUACAAAUGACUCUUUAAAGUUUAUGCGAUGUUAAAUGUAGUAACAGACAAAUCAAGCAGUUAGCCAAUGUUUGGCCUCCAUUUUUCAGUUAAACAGUUCAAUCCCCUCCAGCUAACACAAAACAUGUAUUGUGCAGCCUACUGUCUUUAGAGUUCGAGUUAUUUCCCACUGAAGGGACUACUGUUUUGGUAAAAAAUAAUAUUUCUUAUUUGCAUGAAGUGCCCAAUUUUAUUCAUGGUAGCACAGACAUUUGGAGAGAAUGUAUAGCACUUCCCGUUGUUGGGGGAAGUGGAAACAAAUGUCUGCCAUUUAACUACAGAUUUGAUGACAAGACCAAGGGAUUUAUUUUCAAUGGUUUCCCCUGUUUUUACAAAUCAACAAUGUAGUGUUACCAUGUAAAUAUUGAUUAAUAAACAAGACCCAAAAAAGGUUCAUUCAGCAGCUGUAAAUAUGACACUAAUAUGCCCUGAAUAUGUAAGGAGAACACUGGUCAAAAUCUGUAAUUGAUUAUUUUAAACGUGUGCACACAGACACACACGCGGCCACGCACAGACAUGCGUGUGUGCAUGUGCAUAUGUAUGUAUAUGUAAAAUAAUCAAUAAUAUAUUAUAUACAUGUGGAUAUGGAUAUGGAUAAGCAAUUCCUUACAUUCUAGAAGUACAGCACAUGUACUCAGACACUAGAGUCGUAUCAACUCCAUCAGCAUUCCCAGGUCAACUAGUCAACUAAUACUUUACUGUAAAAUGUUUGCUCAUCACAUAAAUACAUCAGUGGUAAUGGAAUGUCACAAGCUGUAUGCAUUUAAGUGUUCAGAGCACAAACAAUCACCCUCAACCUGCAGAAUUCAGGAAUAAUUUUCUACAUAUCCAUAUGUAUCAUAAAUCAUAUAAUGUUAUAGCUUUUGACUGCAGUUCCCCUUUAAGGGCACUGUAUUUUGAACCAAAAAUGUAAAUUUGUCCAGCUGUCACUACUAACUGUAAAAAAGAAUACUUUAAAUGCUACUACUGUGCUUGAAACCUUUAGAAAUAAUACACUGAACAAGGAAGCACUAAAUACGCCUACUUCAUGGUAUUGUAAUAGAAUUAAUGAUGUCUGUUUUGUAUUGUUGUAUUUUUUUUUGGUUUCUUUGUUUGUUUGUGUUGGAAACAACUGGGACAUGUUACAUUUUGAAGUGAUUAAAAUAUUUAAAUGUGAA